GAGACCAUGUACGAAGAGAUACAGAGGUUGAAACACGAACUUAAUGCAGCUAAUGCACAAAUAGCGCAGCUCGAAUCAACAAACCAGCACCUCCGUCACCAGCUAUCCCAACAAUCACCCCAAGCGAACAACCAGGACUUCCCUCCACUCUCGAACAACAAACAGCAAACAGAAGCACCUACAAACAGCCUUGCAAGUGACUGGGCACAUCCACUACGCGCCCACCCACGUCAACCCAUUGUUUCCCCCCAAAGGCAACAACGCUGGCUUGCAGCAGCCGCACGCAGCUUUCAACUUCCAUCGGAAACCCACGGCUUCCAAUAUAUCUAUGUCCCGUCGCGUGCCCGCCAACCAGCAGGACAAAUCAGAGCCAAUCUCCGUCGCUUUGGUGUUGACAACAGCCGAGUGCUCGACAUCCAAUAUCCGGCCCGACAACUGGUCGGAAUUCUAGUCCAUAACGACUAUGUACCAACGGUUAAAGAAAAACUACAGUCCAUCAACAUCAAAACAACUACCUUCGACCCCCUCGAUCCUAAGAACAUCCACGACCCAAAAUACAAAGAUGAAUCAAGCGACACAAAAGCCCAAAUAGCACUUGAACUACAGUAUCAACGAGCUUUACGCUCGCUACAGUACAUCCGAGAGCCCGUGAAAUACGCAGUAGCUCGAGCCUUCUACGACUGCGGCUAG